AUGAGUGUUGAAGUUGCCAUCAUCCGUCGCGACGCGGUCGGAGACGGAGUACCAAGUAAGUCUGACAUCAAAGGCAGCGUCCACGACACCGUCAGCGUUCACCGAACGUCCCCUACUCGUUCACUUGCAGAGGUCGUGUACGAUGUCUGGACAGUGUUUACGACGGAAGAAGUCUCAUACAUUGUCGGCCGCCCAUUGGCUGCUAUGCUUGCGAAUGACGGCGCUGACGUGUACAGCGCCGACAUUUACUCGCUGUACCUAUUCCGUCGCGGUAAGCUCAUCCCGAGCGAAGAGACGCAGGAGACGGCGUGUAAGAAGUCUCGUGUCAUCAUUACUGGCGUCCCCGUUAAGAGCUACAAGCUGCCGCUUGAGUGGGUCAGCGAAAACACGGUCAUCAUCAACGUCGCGUCCUUCAAGAACGUGGACGAGGCCGAGCUGCUUAAGAUAAAGGGCGUGCAGUACGUGCCACUGGUGGGUAAGGUCACGGUGGCCAUGCUCGAGCGCAACCUGCUGCGUCUGUAA